AUGGCAACACCAAUCACUCACUUGUUUACUCUUAUGUUCUUGUUCACCUUCUUCCACUGCACAUCAUCUCUUCUGAACCCUCAAGAUGAGGUUGGAUUUCUAGUUGAACUCGAUCAUGAUGUUAACAUGGUCCAAAGCAAGAGAUGUGACUUUUCUGAUGGAAAAUGGGUUUAUGAUGAUUCUUACCCUCUCUAUGAUCCUAACUGCCCUUAUCUCAGUACUGCAGUUACUUGUCAAAAGAAUGGUAGGCCAGAUUCUGACUAUGAGAAGUGGAAGUGGAAACCAAAUGCUUGUUCUAUCCCAAGGUUUGAUGCACUAAGGUUUCUUGGAAAUAUGACAAGGAAGAGAAUAAUGUUGGUAGGUGAUUCAAUAAUGAGAAAUCAGUGGGAGUCUUUAGUUUGCUUAGUGCAAGGAGUAAUACUAACUGGUAGAAAAAAGGUGACCUAUAAUGGACCUGCAAUGGCCUUCCAUGCUAUGGAUUUUGAGACAUCGAUUGAGUUUUUCUGGGCACCGUUGCUAGUAGAACUGAAGAAAGAUCAAGGAAACAAGAGAGUUUUACAUUUGGAUUUGAUAGAAGAAAAUGCAAGGUCUUGGAGAGGAGUUGAUAUCCUUGUAUUUGAUUCAGCUCAUUGGUGGUCUCACUCUAAUAACACAAGCUCGUGGGAUUACUACAAGGAGGGAAAUAGUCUGAUAAAAAACAUGAAUCCUAUGGUUGCUUAUCAAAAAGGACUCAGUACAUGGGCAAGAUGGGUGGAUCUAAAUCUAGACCCCCAAAAAACCAAAGUCAUUUUCAGAAGCAUGUCACCUAGACAUAACAAGGAAAAUGGUUGGAAAUGCUAUAAUCAAAAACAACCUCUACCAUUUUUCAGCCUCCAAAAACAUACUCCUGAACCUUUGGUUGUGCUCCAAGGAGUGCUGAAGAGAAUGAGGUUUCCAGUAUACCUGCAAGAUAUUACAUCAAUGACUGCCUUACGCAGAGAUGGACAUCCUUCAGUGUACAGGAAUGCAAUAAGCCAAGAUGAGAAACAAAAACAAGGAACAGACCAUACUUCUGGUUGCAGUCAUUGGUGUCUCCCUGGUGUGCCUGAUAUUUGGAAUGAGAUGUUGAAUGCACUACUUUAA